GGGCGGAGGACUGCUGUUAGUUUGCGCUGUGUUUAUUGUUAAGGUUGUGUGGAUUAGCACUGCGGUACCAAGUUUCCUAUCACAACCAACAUCCCCAAACGAGCUUUAAAAACACCAAAAGAUGCGCGGACUGAUGUGAGCACCGCACUGCGGGGACGGACGGGUCUGAGCUCGGACUGACGGCCAGAGGAAAGACCGCCGGGAGGAGGACCAGCUCCAGACAGGAGGGCGGGAGGGACGAGCAGGAGGAGGAAUCUAGAGAGUAUUCCUACCAGGAGUCACCAAGUUAUAACACUCUUUAUUUCCAUGUCAUUUUAAGUCAGAUUUGCGUCCAUCUCAUUUCUUCCCACGGGCUUUUCCCCAGCUACUCACAGGGGAAUGAUUUGUUUUAAAGACAAAGAAGAAAAUAUGAAUGAAGAAAAAGAUGAAAGACAAACCAUGAUACCAAAAUAAAACGAAUCCCUACUUGUUUCCGAGGAGCUCCCCAGAUUUAGAUCUGGUAAUGGCCAACUCUGUGGCCUUAGUGGUGCAAGCAGAACUCCUGCCGCCUCAGUCCACUGCAGCUCUAUCUCCCUUCCCCUCACUUCUUGGCUCAGGAGAGGAUGGAGAGGAUGACAGGGAGGGAGACAAGGGCGUAGUAGAUGGUGGAGAGGAGGAGGAGGUGGUCCUUGACAUGGUGACGUCAUCGGUGCCAGGUGCUGCUCAGCAGCCCGAGCAAACGGAUCAUCCCUUUCAGUGUCUUGACUGUGGCAAGAGCUUCAGGUGGUCGUCCAGGCUCACACACCACCAGCGGAGCCACAACAAUGAGAGACCCUACCGCUGCAACCUCUGCCCCAAGGCCUUUAAGGGCUCAUCUGCCCUGCUCUACCACCAACGGUCUCACUCAGGGGAGAAGCCUUAUAAAUGCCAAGACUGCGGCAAAGCCUUUAAACGCUCAUCUCUCUUACAGGUCCAUCAGAGUGUCCACACUGGAGUCCGAACCUUCUUGUGCCCGUAUUGUCCCCUGACGUUCAAGUGGAGUUCUCACUACCAGUAUCAUCUGCGCCAGCACACUGGCGAGUGCCCGUACCCAUGCGACACUUGCCCCAAGGCAUUCAAGAACUCAAGCAGCCUGCGACGACACAAGAACGUUCAUCUUGGUCUCAAGCCUUACACAUGCUCUGUGUGUAACAAAUCCUUCACUCAGUCCACUAACCUGAGGCAGCAUAUGAGGAUACAUACAGGCGAGAGGCCGUACAUCUGCAGCGAGUGUGGCCGAAGCUUCACACAUUCAUCAAACCUGGCUCUGCACAAGAACUCUCACUCCAACAAUGCAGGAGCAAAGGAGGGAAAGAGGGGAGAGGAUGGAAGGAAAGGAAAUGAGGUAGUGGAGGUGGUAGUCGGGACAGAGGAAGUAACAUCAUCAAUGUUGACAGACAUGGUGGGAUUUGUGAGCCAGGAAGGAACUGAUGGAGUCGGGGUGGGGAUGGAAGAAGUAUUCCUGUCAACCACCUCGUCUGGUCCCAAUCCAAGCCUUCUCCCACAGCUCACCCUUGCUCCCUCUGGACAGAAUGUGUGCUCAUCGAGGCCCAUUGGAACAGAGGUUCACCUGAGCACUGGCGCUGGGACCAGUGUGCUGCUGUACAGCUGCGGCAGCUGCAGCAACACUUUUAGUACACGAACGGAUCUCGAGGAGCACCAGGCCAUCCACAUGGCUCCAGAGGAACACGUGGCCAGUGCGGAGGCAGGGCAUGGGCCAGGCAUGGAGGUUGGGGAUGGCCUUGUAGGCGCUGGACACCUGCUGGCUGACUUUGAGGAGGUGGUGGAGACUACCACUGUGGGUGAAAGUGGACACUCAACAGAGGUGCUCCUCAGCUUAGCGGAGGGAGCAGAUGGCAGUAAUGCAAAUGUGGGCACCACCCAGGCCCAGUUUGACCUGCUGCAGAGCUUCACGGAGGUGACUCAGAGCUCUGAGGCCACUCAGCCAGAGGCCAGAACCACAUGGGCAGGGCUGUCAUGUGGCUACUGCAAUAAGACCUUUAAGACUAGUGGAGGCCUCAAUAGACACAUGUCACUGAUGCAUUCUCUUUCAUCACAGUCCCGUUCCCAGUUCAGCUGCUCCGCCUGCGACCGCUCGUUCCCUCUUCUCUCCUCACUCCUCACCCACCAGCACUCGCACACCCCAGAGCAGCGCCUCCUGGCCGAGGCAGAGGCUGAGAUUGUGUGUCCUCCGUCCCUUUCGCUGUCUCUCCCCCUGCCCUCCUCUCCCAGCCAGGCCGACAAGCAGCCGGAGGGCCAGAGGGAGCUCCAAGUUGACAUCAUUGCAGUCGGCGAGGAGCAAGAGGAACAGUCGACCAAAGUGACCAAAUCCCACAAAAAGUCAGGAUCCAGCAAGAGCACUCCAGCUGGAGAGAGGCCGUACCGCUGUUCUGAGUGUGGAAAAGCCUUCAAAGGUUCAUCAGGGCUGAAGUAUCACAUGAGGGAUCACACCGGGGAGAGACCUUAUCGCUGCACUGAGUGUGGAAAGAGCUUCAAGAGAUCAUCAUUGCUUUCUAUCCAUCAGCGGGUGCAUACAGGAGUCCGGGCAUUCCAGUGCCCUCAUUGCCCUCUGACGUUCAAAUGGAGUUCUCACUACCAAUAUCACCUGCGACAACACACGGGUGAGAGGCCAUAUGUGUGUAAAGAGUGUGGCAAGUCUUUCAAAAACACCAGUUGUCUGCGUCGACAUAGUCAGAUGCAUUCUGGACUGCGGCCUCAUAUAUGCUCCAUCUGCUCCAAGUCUUUCUCCCAGACAUCUAAUCUCAAACAGCAUGAACGUACUCAUUCCGGUGAGAGGCCUUUUAAGUGCUCACACUGCAAUAAAAGUUUUACACACUCCUCCAACCUCCAGCUCCACCUUCGCACACACUCUUCAAGCAAGGACUACAAAUGCCCAUACUGCUCCAAGGAGUUUGUCAUGCACUCGUAUCUGCAGAGACACAUCCGCACCCAUGGCAGUGGUGUUUCCCUUCCCUGUUCUGGUGCUGGAAGCAAAGAAGGCGUGCCUGUGAAAGCAAGUGUGGGAGGAGUAACAACCACCACCACCUUGCUCAAUCCCAUCACCCUGAAAUCCUCAGGAAACAAUGGCAGUCUGAUUGUGUCCCAGCCAGCACUUAAUAUUCCCCCCAACAGCUCUCAGAAUUACUUUAUGAUUCAGACGGCCAACGGCCUGCAGCUUAUUCCUCUGUCCUUCCCUACACCCGUUCCCCCACCUCCACCGCCUCCGUCCCAGUCGCAAAACUUUCUCCUGCUGCAGUGUCCCUCCAAUAAUGGCAGCCAGUCCAGUCUGAUUCUCCUCCCUGCAGCAAACAACCCUCCACCAGCUCCAGAGUCUCAGUCCCUCCCUGUACUCCAGACUCUCCAAGCAUUCCAGCCUGUCCUCAACCAAACACAAACUCAGAUACCCCAGUUUACGACAGUAUCUCAGCAACAACAGACCAGAAUCAUAAUUACGAGCAAUAAUAACAAUGCACAAACCACUGUCGCCACACCAACUCACAGCCUCUCAGCCAGUUCCCUGCUGACCAAGCCCAUAUUAGGGAAGAGCACGCGGACAGCACGGGGCCGACGGGGACGCAAACCCAAAGCCGCUCUUCAGAAAUGUGCAGCAGCUCCUGUUAGUCAGACUGCAGAUGGAGCUGUUCCAGUAACAAACUGUGAUGUGACAAGCAGCCUCCAGACUGUUCCCGCUGCUAACGCUGCUACAGCGUCAUCGCCUUUGUCCACCCUUUCUCACUGUCCUCUGUCAACAUCUUCCUCUGCUAUGUCAACGCAGUCAUCCACCACUGUAACCCCCACAACGGACACCUCAGGACUCACGCCAGCUGUUUCCAUGGUUACAGCAGCCACAAUUUCAGUUUCUACUCCUGUGUCUGCUGCUCCAGAGGAGAAGCCUCUUUCUUCUGUGGAGCAAAUAAGAAGUGAAGAAACUAUGCUGGGGAAACAGUUAGUGUUGUGUUUUGAUAAUGAAGAACAUGCAAAGGAGGGAGUGAGUGUGGAGCAGGGUGGCGAGUCAUAUGUGUUACAGUUUGAGAGGAAUGCCUCUGGUGAGAUGGCAGACGGUGGAAUGAGCGGAGAGGGUAAAUCACUUGUGUUACAGUUCAAGAGAGAUGACCAAGGUGCAGGAGAAAAGAGUGGAGAUAAGGAAGGGAUGAUGUCACUUCUGCAUGACUGGGGUGGAGAAAAGCAGAGUGGGACACAGGUAGGAGGGGAGGGUGGCCAGGAAGAGUCUUAUGUCCUCCAUUUCCACACAGAGGCACAAGAUAGUAGUUCAUCCAGUGCUACCUUCAGCCAGGGGCAGGACAACAGCCUGCAGCUUUCCUGCACAGCUACCCAAAGUUUGGUACCCCUUGAUGGGCAGGAGGUGGUAUUCGAACUUGGGGAGGAAACCAAGCUGGAGCAGGAAGCUGAUGAGGGGAUGCAAAUGAUAGCACUGAUCGAAGGAGAGGGCGGCAUGAUGGGGGGAGAGGGGACGGGUUGCAAUAGUCCAAGUGGCACAGUUAAUGAGGAUGAAGGAGCCAUGGAAGGCAUAUUUCAGCUGGAAAAUGGUGAUGAAAUUGUUAUAAUUGAGGUCAGCACAAGUAAUUUAAGAGAAGACAGACUGGAGAGGGAGGAGGAGGAGAUCGUGAAAAGCAGUCAAGUGAAAUAUGAAAGUCCAACGGCAGACGUUAAGGAAAAGUCUGUGAAUGAACGCAACUCUACGGAAAGCACAGAGGUACAAAUAUCAGCUGAAGACACAAGAAACGGCACUAUAUCCUAACUCCAAAGAAAUAUAGUUCUCUAAUUGAGAACUAUUAGUGAAGAAGUGAAUGCCUCACUUUAUGGACUUUCUGUUAGCACUUUAGCCAGUAAGUUCCCCUGGAACUAAGAGAGAUCAGUUAGAUGAGUUGUGUGUUUGUAAUGCCAUGGUGCCACUUUCUAGAAAUGUUAUACAUUCAAAUGGGCUCUACAUGGACCUCAGAAUAUUCCUAAAUAUAUUAGUUAAAUUAUACUGUCAUUGGCAGUUUGUUUGUAAAGUAAGUAUGAUUUUGUGAAUAAAUGUUGUACAUGACCCACUUUCCUCACAAUGCUAAUAUUAAAUAGUAACUAAUUAUUAAUAAAUAUGUUAAUACCUUUCA